AUGUUUCUCCCUCUCGUCAGGACGUCGGCCAUUGCUCUGCUACUCAGCCUUGUCGCUGGGCAUGUUACUACGGCAACGGAGAAGACAGGUGUCACCUGCCGACAGGAGAUUCCGGCCGAACUGAUCCGAGAGCUGUGGAGCCGGACCAAGCAUCUGAUCAACCGACUGCCGAGAGAAGAUAAAUCCUUCAGGCGACUUCUGCCCAAGUUCUGCAUCAAAUGUUCCGGGCAUGUGAUUGGCUGGCUGGAGAUGCGGGAGCUGAUUGAUGUCUACCAGAGAACGGUGUUCAGCAGAGAGGCUGUCCAGAAGCUCCUCCCCCUCUAUUACAAUGACCUGCUGUACCGACUGCAACACACACUGCAGCACUGUGUGUCUUCCUCAAAACUCACAAAACCUCUUAAACUAAUAAAGAAACUGGAGAGGAAAAUCAAAAAGGUAAGCACAUACAGACUGUACUACUCAGUGGCAGCAGAAAGCAUUCAGGGACCAACCCCAGAUCAUCGACAGCACCAUUAUGUACCUCUGGGGGAAACCGGAGCACCCAAAGGAAACGUGCGUGGCAUGGAGAAACCAGGCAAACUCAACACAGAAAGGCUCAGAACCUUACAGCUCUGUGGUGGAAGUGCUAACCACGACGUCACCAUGCCGCCCAGUGAAUGCCCUAUGGGUGUCAUGGGGGAAGUGGGAUGCACCCAACGCACACCGUCAAACUAA